AUGUCGCCAGUUGAUUCAUCAUGUGAGGAAAAUGUAUACAUGGCCAAAUUAGUUGAACAGGCUGAGCGCUACAAGGAAAUGGUUGAGUUUAUGGAGAAGGUAGCAAAGAUAGUCAAUACGGAGGAGUUGACUGUCGAGGAAAGGAACCUCCUCUCUGUGGCAUACAAAAAUGUUAUUGGCACUAGAAGGGCUUCAUGGAGAAUCAUCUCUUCCAUCAAGCAGAAGAAGAGAGUCAUGGGAAUGAGGAUCGUCAACGAGCUUAUUCAAGAUGGUUCUCAAGCACAGGCCCGAGGAACAGCUCAAAAGAAAGAGAGGCUAUUAAAAAUAGCGCAGGCUAAGGCUGAAGGAAAAACACACGAUGUUAAGAAGCCAAUCAUAGAGAAAUAUGGUUCUUGGGGAAAUGAAGCUGAUUCAUCAUGUGAGGAAAAUGUAUACAUGGCCAAAUUAGCCGAACAGGCUGAGCGCUACGAGGAAAUGGUUGAGUUUAUGGAGAAGGUAGCAAAGACAGUCAAUACGGAAGAGUUGACUGUCGAGGAAAGGAACCUCCUCUCUGUGGCAUACAAAAAUGUUAUUGGCGCUAGAAGGGCUUCAUGGAGAAUCAUCUCUUCCAUCAAGCAGAAGAAGAGAGUCAUGGGAAUGAGGAUCGUGUUAAUCAACGAGCUUAUUCAAGAUGGUUCUCAAGCACAGGCCCGAGGAACAGCUCAAAAGAAAGAGAGGCUAUUAAAAAUAGCGCAGGCUAAGGCUGAAGGAAAAACACACGAUGUUAAGAAGCCAAUCAUAGAGAAAUAUGGUUCUUGGGGAAAUGAAGGUUCAUUUAACAUUCUCUGGCCCCUUUUAACUGCGAUUCUUCGGUAA